AUGAUGAUGAUGAUGAUGUUACUGCAGGUCCUGCUAUUGGCGUUUCUUGCCUCCACAGCAAGAGCCUUUACCACCAGUAGUACUGCAUGUAGUAGCAGCAAUAGCCAUGUUGCCUCCUCUUCAUUGCGCAUGUUUACAGGGAUUGUAGAAGAAAUGGGGACGGUUGUUUCACUGGAAGAACGAGAUGACAUGCCAUUGUGGGAUGGAACACAAGGAAAAGGAACCGAAUUGGUUGUCAAGGGAGAUGUGGUCAUGAAGGAUGCAUAUCUAGGCUGCAGCAUUUGUGUGAGCGGUGUUUGCUUGACAGCCACAGAGCUAGAUACAGACAAACAACAAUUCAAGGUGGGAUUGGCACCGGAAACGCUCAAGAGAACUUACCUUAGCGACCUGAAACCUGGACAACCUGUCAAUCUCGAAAGAGCCAGUGAAAUUGGAGGACGAAACUCUGGCCACUUUGUUCAGGGUCACGUGGAUACCACUGGAACCAUUCUGGAACGUACUCCGGAUAACGACAGCCUCUGGUUCAAAAUCAAAGUGGACGAUCCAGAAUUGAUUCGAUACAUUGUCCCCAAGGGGUUCAUUGCCAUUGAUGGUACGAGUUUGACCGUUGUGGAUGUCAAUACCGCGGAGCAGUGGUUCACGUUAAUGCUGGUGGAAUACACGCAAAAGAAAAUCAUCAUCCCUGCCAAGGAUAUAGACGACAAGGUCAAUAUUGAGGUGGAUGUGCUGGGAAAGUACUCGGAGACAGCCAUGGCAGCAUUGAUUCCCCGAAUUGAGGCAUUGGAAGCCAGGGUUGAAUCCUUGGAAAAACAACAACAACAACAAGCUAGCAAGGCAUGA